AUGAAUGCACACAAGACCGGAGGAGGGGUUUCCCUGUGGGUACACUGGGUUCAGACGGUUCUUACCGUGCUGAUAUUCGUGGCGAUGUUUGGAGCAGCGAUCUCUUCGAGACUGUUUUCCGUGAUUCGGUUUGAGUCUAUCAUUCAUGAGUUCGAUCCGUGGUUCAACUUCAGGGCGACAAAAUACCUUGUGUCGCAUUCUUUUUUGGAGUUUCUCAACUGGUUCGACGACAGAACGUGGUAUCCGCUUGGGAGAGUCACUGGCGGUACGCUGUAUCCGGGGCUGAUGACCACUAGUGGCGCUGUCUGGCAUCUGUUCAGAAAGAUUGGGUUGCCGGUCGACAUUAGAAACAUUUGUGUUAUGUUUGCUCCCGCUUUCUCGGGUGUCACGGCGUGGGCCACUUAUCAGUUCACGAAGGAGAUCAAGGACUCGAGUGCGGGCCUGUUGGCGGGGGCUUUCAUGGCGAUUGUGCCCGGGUACAUAUCGAGAUCUGUGGCGGGGUCGUACGAUAACGAGGCGAUCGCCAUCACGUUGCUGAUGGUUACGUUUAUGUUCUGGAUCAAGGCGCAGAAGAGAGGUUCUAUCUUCUAUGCGUCGUUGACGGCAUUGUUUUACUUCUAUAUGGUUUCUGCCUGGGGUGGUUACGUGUUUAUCACCAAUCUGAUUCCCCUGCACAUCUUCAUCUUGAUCCUGAUGGGGCGUUACAACUCGAAAUUGUAUGCUGCUUAUACGACUUGGUACACUAUCGGUACUUUGGCUUCGAUGCAGAUUCCAUUUGUUGGAUUCUUGCCCAUCAAAUCGAAUGACCAUAUGGCAGCGUUAGGUGUCUUUGGACUGGUCCAGAUCGUGGCUUUUGGUAACUUCGUCAAGUCGCAGGUUGCUUCAGAGAAGUUCAAAAUUGUCAUGGUUGUUUCACUUCUGGUGAUCUUUGUCGUCGGCGUCGCCGGUCUGUUCACGUUGACUUAUAUGGGGUUCAUUGCUCCAUGGACCGGUAGAUUCUACUCUCUAUGGGACACCAAUUAUGCUAAGAUUCAUAUUCCUAUCAUUGCGUCCGUCUCAGAACAUCAGCCUGUCGCUUGGCCGGCUUUCUUCUUUGACACACAUUUUCUUAUCUGGCUAUUCCCAGCUGGUGUGUUCCUAUUGUUUUUGGAAUUGAAGGAUGAACAUGUCUUCGUUAUCGCGUACUCUGUAUUAUGCUCGUAUUUUGCAGGCGUCAUGAUCAGAUUGAUGCUAACUUUGACUCCCGUCAUCUGUGUAUGUGCGGCUGUUACGUUGUCCAAGCUAUUCGAUGUGUAUCUUGAUUUCUCCAAAGGCACAACCGGCCCUAAAAAGAAUUAUGGUUCAUUACUUUCGCGCUUGGUGGUUUCAGGCUCGUUCAUUUACUACUUGUAUCUGUUUGUCUUCCACUGUACCUGGGUCACAAGAAUCGCGUACUCAUCUCCUUCUGUCGUUAUGCCAUCUCAGACGGCUGAUGGCCGUCCAGCACUGAUCGAUGACUUCCGUGAAGCUUACUAUUGGUUGAGAAUGAAUACGGAUGAAGACGCGAAAGUUGCCGCCUGGUGGGAUUAUGGUUAUCAAAUCGGCGGUAUGGCCGAUAGAACUACCCUAGUCGACAACAACACCUGGAAUAACACACACAUAGCGACAGUGGGCAAAGCUAUGUCGUCACCUGAAUGGAAGUCCUACGAGAUCUUUAAGCAACAUGACGUUGACUACGUUUUGGUCAUCUUUGGUGGUGUGCUUGGGUUCAACGGAGACGAUUUGAACAAGUUUCUAUGGAUGAUCAGAAUUAGCGAGGGUAUCUGGCCUGAAGAGAUCAAAGAGAGAAAUUUCUUUACCGCAAACAACGAAUAUCGAGUCGACUCACAAGCAACGAAAACUAUGAAGCAGUCCUUGCUAUACAAGAUGUCUUACAAGGAUUUCCCAGAGCUAUUCAAAGGACAGGGUCAAGAUAAAGCCCGUGGUCAAACAGUCUCAGCUUCAGAUGUGGAACCUCUCGACUACUUCGAGGAAGUCUUCACUUCCGAAAACUGGCUAGUGAGAAUAUACCAACUCAAAGACAUGGACUUCGCUGGUAGAGAUUUACAUGACGUUGGGCUAUUUGACAGAAACUCGGUAAAGGCAUCCAAAAGGAGAAGUAUGAAGAAGCCAAAGCUCGAACUCAGAGUCUAG